AUGGCUUUAAGUACUGCAUCCUCAAUUUCCUCAUACAAUUCCCACAUUCUUCUCUCUUCUUAUACUUCCUCAUCAUCUUCUAAUUUGAGCCCUAUUCAAUUGCACUUCCCAUGUUUUCAAUUUCAAAGAAAAACAAAAAUUUGCGCCAUUGCUCCUGCUUCUAAGCGACGAUUUCUUACAAAAAUUAGGUCUGUUGCUGAGGAAGAAGAAACCCUUGUUUCAGUAGCUGAAGCAUCUCCGCCGCCAGCUGCCGCCACUACUGAUCAGACCGUUUCCAUUCCCGUCUCCCCUUCUGAUGUCCUCACUAUGCUCUUUCAGGCAGAAGGAUCAAUGACUGACGCCGCUAUUCCCACAGUGACCAAAGCUUUGGAGGAUGUAGAAGGUGUUACAAAUCUCGAAGUACAAGUUAUUGAGGGCAUUGCCAAUGUGAAGUUAACAAAGCAAACAACCGUACAAGCUACAGGGGUGGCUUCAAGUUUGAAUGAAACUCUACUCAGUGAGAUUGGGGAGCUGAAAUCGAAGCUAAAUGAGGAUGGCAAAAGUGAAGGCAUAGUUCAUGUGAAGGAAUAA